AUGGCGUACAUGCGCUUGGGGUUGCGGGGCGUGCAGUUCAUCUGCAGUCUAUUGGCCCUCGCGUUUGCCGCCUCGGGCUUUUACGGCGGCGGGGCCACGCACUCGAGCACGUUUGUGCUCCUCAUGGGGUACACGGGCAUGCUCUACACGCUGUGGUACGUCGUGGCCGUCGAGGUGUUCCACCUGGUCACGCGCCCAGCGCUGCGGGUCGAGCAGGGUAUGGACGCGCUGCUCGUGCUCUUGCUCCUCGUCGCCGGCAUUUGCCUCGCGGCGUCGGACUACACGACCGACUGUGGAGUGGGGUGGCACUGCAACAACCUCCGCGCCGCAACGGCGUUUGCCUUUGUGGCCAUGUUUUUCUUCCUCUUGUCACUGGCCCUGACGUUCCUGAGUCCGAGCGAGCCGUCGCACGGACUGACGGACGUGCAGGUGGAAGAGCCCGUGCCGUACCACCAGCACGCGACACCGACGUCGGGGACACUGUCUCCGCUUGGCGUUCCGCACGAGGGAUUUACUUCGUCGAGGGUCUAA